AUGACUUUUCUUAAGGGACCACCAAGUAGGUCUAGAUUGAACCAGGUAAAGAAACUCAGUGCCGAGAUAUUUGGUCAUGUUUGGAAUCCUAACAAUGUCAGAAAUGGAUCUAAAGUCUUGAGAGCACCAUUAAAGGGACCAGAAAUUGUUAAUUACUAUGGGGUUAAUGGAUCGGUGCCAACUUUUAAAGACUUCAAGAAAUGGUUCCCAGAAUUGAACUUGGUUGAUCCAAGAGAAUCAUACCGUGUUAUGAUGGUCGAAUCGAGAAAGAAGAGGAAUAAGGGUGCUCCAAAAAAGAAGAAGAAUUAA